GUCAAGUAAAAACUUUGACACUGUCAAUUAGUCAUUUGUGUAUUUAAUAUUUAAUAAUUGAAAAUAGAAAUAAUUGGAUAAAAUGUCGAUCGAAAUUUUGCAAUCGGAUUGUAAAAGAGCCGUAUCGAAAUUGAGCUCGUUAACUAAUAGCGAGUUAGAUGACAUUAUGAAUAAUGAUGAGAAAAUACAAGAUAUCAUCACUCAGUUAGAUCAGUCAUAUCUAAAAGAAAUUGAAAACGAAAAAGAAAAUGUCAUUGUAAGUAACACCUCUAUGGCGGAAUACAAUUUAUCAAAAGAACCCGAACUAGUCGAAGGUCGUGAAAAAAUUAAAGAAUUAUCCGAAAUGGGCGAACAAUUGACCAAAAGUAUUGAAGAUAAGUUGAAGGAAUUAAAGGAAAAAGGGGGUGACAUGUCUCUAGAAACAGCCUUAGCAUUGUUACAAACCGCUGCUAGCGAAAUGGAAGAAGAAUCCGAAAAGACGGCGAAAAAGUUGUUAGAAAAAGAAGUGGAAAUAGACGAUUUCCUCGACGAAUUCCUGGAGAAACGUAGAAUAAUGCACAUGAGAUUAGUAAAAGCGGAAAAACUAUCGAAAAUCCUUCAAAGAGAUCCAUCGCUGAAUAACAUCCCUAAUUACAUAAACGCCCCUCCGGUCAGCAUCAAUUCCAACUUUUUCCCGGGUAUUCCAACGAAUCCACCAUCGAAUCUGCCAUAUCCUGUGGGACCUCCAUCGGUACCUUACCCCACCGGCCCCUUAAAUAUGCCAAUGCCACUUCCGCCUAGACCCAAUUACUUUCAAAACUAUUAGACCCAUCAUACGAAAAUUUUAAGAUAGUGCACAUUUUUAUACAUAAGUUUAUGCCAUAUGAAUGCAUUCAAUAAUAACGUAGGUUAGUUAAGUUUUUAGAUUUUUAUGUACGCAGUUAGGCAAUUACUUUUAGAUGGCCAUAAAAGAUUAUCACAGAAAAUGGAAAGUGGCUGAAAGCUUUUAUUUCCCAAAAUGGAUGUAUAUUUUAAAAAAUAAAUAGAAAGGUGUGCCAAUGUUGGGAAUUUCAUAAAUGUUUAUUCGGUAUUUUUAAAGAUUAAAAAUCGUUUUGUAUAUACAAACGCAAUUUUAAUAUAAUGUGAUAACCAAUAAUAAUAAUAAAUCCCCGAGAAAAAUAAUUUACUGUACCAUAUAAUAGAUAUUACAAUUUAGUAUUAGCGUUAAAAACUGUUAUAUCUAUAUGCACAAUGGGUUUAAACUAUUAAUAAAUCGUAUUUUUUAACAAAUUAACUACUUUACUA